CUGUCACUCCAGAUCUGGCCCCAUAGCUGUGGUAAAUGGUACAUGGUAUAUGGCUGCCUGGGAUCUGACAUUUCUGGGCACUGGCUCAGCCUACCCCUCCCCUCACAGAGGAGCCUCCUGCAUGGUACUUAGACAUGAUCUGGGAUGCUGGGUGUUUGACUGUGGCGAGGGUAGCCAGAUACAGUUGAUGAGGAGCUCCAUCAGACCAGGACGAGUCACGAAGAUCUUUAUCACUCAUCUACACGGAGACCAUGUGUAUGGCCUCCCUGGUCUAUUGUGCACCCUUAGUGCCAGUCUGUCAGAAGACAGUGCUCCACUAGAGGUUUACGGGCCCCUCGGACUGCGGCAGUUUGUGAGAGUGGCUCUGAACCUUGCUCGUUCUCAACUAUGCUAUCCCUAUGUAGUGCAUGAACUAUGUCACAAUGUUAACCCUGCUGACCAUGAUGGCCUGAGUAACUGGAAUCCUGAUCCCAGUGCGACUGGCCAGCCUCAUCCCAAGGAGCUUCCCGGGAGGAACAUUCAGAGAAACCCUGCGGGAUUCUGGGAGAUCUGUCGAGAAGGUCCUUUAUACGUGAGGGCUGCAACACUCAAGCACAGAAUAGCCUCGUUUGGAUAUGUUAUUACGGAAGAUACACUGCCUGGAAAGUUGCAGGUUGACAAGCUUAAAUCCCUGGGCGUGCCUCCUGGUCCACUGUAUGCUAAACUAAAGAGGGGAGAGUCAAUCCAGUUUCCCCAAGGCACUAUGAUCAGUCCAGCCGAAGUGGUUGGUCCUGGUCGACCAGGCAGGAAAGUGGUUUUACUAGGAGAUACAUGUGACAAUGAGGACAUUGCUCCACUGUGUGAAGAAGCUGACGUUAUAGUGCAUGAGGCGACCAAUGAGAAUGCUCACGAGCAGCAGUGUAGGGAGAAUGGACACUCUACUCCAGCCAUGGCUGCCGCAUUCUGUCACCGUAUGAAGGCUUCACAGUUGAUUCUCACUCACUUUAGUCAGCGCUACCGUCGCCCCAAUGAAGAGACAGGACAUAAUGGAGAGGAGGUCACUGUGGACAGGCUAGUACUAGACGCUCAGAACACCCUUAGUAGAUUAGGAGACACUGCAUCAGCAAUUAAUGUCAGUGCUGCUGAUGAUUUCAAGGUCUACCAAAUAUCAGCCAAAAAGUAGUUUUAUUGAGUAUUAACUUUAAAGAUCUGCUUAAUUUGUGUAAUUUGUUCAUUUUUUAAAGCAUCAACUAGGCCC